AUGGCCUUAACCGUUGGACAACUAAUUAUGGAUGCCCAGAGAAUGGCGAGUCGUGUAAAAGAAUUGGACGCCCUAAGCAGCGCCUUACUUGUGGAGGCCGAAGGUAACAACCGUUAUGUGGAAAGUUUACGUCAGUACCAAGACGAGGUGGACUCCCUAAAUCGCAUUGCCAACAAUAAGACCAAUGUGGAAAUGGUCAAUCGCAUUCAACAGCAAAAUGCAAACAGUUCUGAAAUACUAAAGGAAAAUCGUGAACUGAAGGUGUGUAUCGAGGAUUAUGAAAGAGCAAUGGACUUGAUAAUGCAGAAGUACCGGGAACACACAAGCAGCAAGGUACUGGAGAGCAAGCUGAAUUUCAAGGAGGUCUACAACGAAAAACUUUGGAAAAUUAUACGCGAGCAGAGGGAAAAAAUCAAUGAAAUGGCUGCGGUCAUGCAGAGAGCUGCCUCGAUAGAUGACGAUUGUGAUUUGGAAUUGAUAACACGGCUGCGUUUGGAGAACAAGGCUCUGCGAGAAUUGCUACAAAUCUCCAAACAAUUUGGCACAUUCAGUCGACCUAUACGCUUCAACGAACACUUGUUGGAAGAAAAGGGCGUGCAAACAGAUUAUAGUGGUGAUGAUUCAGCCGACGAGCUCUCCCUGUCCGGCGCUUCAAUCGAAAAUGCAAAUAACAAUUCAGUCAUCCAACUGGAUACGAGAUCAACUUCGCCGAAUGUGGCCAUGAACUGCUCAAAUACAGAAAAUCUGCCAACAGACAAUGCGACACUGCUCAAUUCUCACGAAAUUGGCGAUGUGGGCGAUAAUAAUAAUUUAACACCUGCCACCGACUCGGUAAAUGCGACCUCAAAUGCGUCAGCCGCUGUUGCUGGAGUGCCAGCAACUGCUUCCAAUUCUGAGGAGAACAAAAUGUCAGCAACGACUACUACCAUAGACCAUAACAAUCCAAGCGCUUCUGCUGGUAUAGAAGCCACAACAAUCAAUACAACCAACACCAUUGCAAAAACUCAUCCCUCAAAUUCCAAUAGCUUGACCACUGCCAGUGCAACAUGA